CUUCAACCAACCAACCGAGUUGUUGGUUCCAUAUUUUUUUGGCAAAUUCUAAUCUGUAGAGUAAUCGGCAUACUCUCCUUUUAUUCAUGUCAUAACAAAGAAAAGGUGACAAGAAUGUAACAAGCUUCCCACUUUCCAUCUCUGGUUCGAAACUUUCACGGCAAGAUAUGGCUGGAGUUUUGCUGGAGAAGUUAAUGCGUGGUUUUCUGCUUAUAAGCGGUUUACCAUCAUUUCCUAUAUUCUGUGUCUACCUCCUUAUCAUACUGCAAUCUCACUGGUGGCAAAAGCAUACUCGGCCAUUAAACCUUAAGUUGAUACUGAUAUUUUACAACUUCACCUGUUGCUCUGUCAAUGCAGUUGUCAUGUUUGGUUUCUGUAAAGGAUUGUAUCAAAGUGAAUCGAUAUUCCAAAAACAGAACUCUGCACAGCUCAAGAUAUAUUUUUGUAUAUACUGGAUAACGAAGGUCUUCGAACUGUUGGAUACGAUAUUUAUGAUAGUUCGACACAAGCGGCGCCAGAUCACCUUUCUGCAUGUGUACCAUCAUGCAUCCAUGUUGCUGCUCAGUGAUUUAGGAUACAGGUUAUACUCAUGGCCUGCAAUUGCUUUAUUUUUGUCCAUUAAUGCAUUUGUUCAUGUAGUCUUGUAUUUAUAUUAUGGGUUAUGUGCAGUUUCUCCAGAAAAUCCUCCAACAUGGAAGAAACAAUUAACUCAGUUACAGAUCGUUCAAUUUUUUACUGAUUUCGUGUUUGCAGCAGUUGGCUAUGUAAGCCAUGGGUUUUGCAUUUAUGGUAUUUUUUAUGGCCUGACAAUGAUGUAUCUUUUCUGUAACUUUUAUUAUCAUGCAUAUGUUAAAAAAAAAAAAAGUGAACCCGUCAUUAAAAAACUUGAUUGAUAAUUUUGGCAUCCGAAAUUAAAUUAUUGACAUUUCUUAUUUUCAUUUCUUAAAGAUACUUUCCUGCUUACAACAUUGUCCAACUUAGUUCUUGCUUGGAAUAGUUGGGUUGAUAUUGUAAGCAAAAAAAACCCUCCCAAAACCCAUCCUUAGUUUCAACCAGAAGGUGCCAUAUAUUGUUUUCAGAAUACAAUGAACCUUUAAAUGCAUUUCUUGUUUAGAAUAUCGGUGUUUCUUGUUGGCCUAAUGUUUGCAGUAGCCCAAAAUGGAUUUUAUCUUUUAGUUAGUUAGUUAGUUAGAAAACUCUUGUCAAUGACAGAAAAUUCUGGACUACUUGAACAUGCAGUGUUCAACUCACUUUUGCUCAAUAUAGAUGUAUUUUAUUUAAAACAACUCAAAGGAUGAUAAUGAGCGCCAUUCAUACAGUAUUCUUAAUUGUAUUAUUAUAAUUAACAUGUCUGUAUUUGUACAAUGUUUGUUGUAACGUGAUUGUAAUUAUAAUCAUGCAAUGUAUUUCGUUUGUGUAGCUAGUGACUGGAUUGUAGAUAUAAUAAACUGACUGACUGAUCGAAUUAGGCAGAUUUAAAUGAUGCAUAUUACUCGAGGUGACAAAAAGAGGCACCCAUGUAAGUGCAUUCCCCAUUUGAAACGAGAUCUCUUGACAUCACAGAAAGGACGUGGCUCUGCACAACUAACUGUAGUGUGGGGGGUAAAUGUUCAACUACAACCUCCUGGCACGUUUGCAGGCAUUUUAGUGCUGGGGGGUCUAGACUGGUGAGCAAAGUUUAUAGGUGGUUCUAGUCAUGUGCUCCGAAAAAAUAUAUUGGAAAAUGAAAACUAAAUUGCUUGAGCAGAGGAUGUGGUAGGGGUAAACUGAAAAUGUGCUUCAGCAAGGGGUUUCAACCCUGCCACAUCUGCCCACCCUAGCACAUGUGCCUGACAUCAUUGACAGUGGAGGUUGUAUGUGAGUAUUAAGUUUUAUACUGGUAAAUGAUUAUUACCAGUAGAGGGUGUAUUUGGAUAUUAAGUUUUAUACUGGUAACCAUUCAUUACCAGUGUGUGGGCUUCAUUUGUGGUCAGUCUGGCAUGGACCCCCAUUGAUGGGGCCCAUUGGGCUAUUUCUUGUUCCAGCCAUUGCACGACAACUGGUAUAUCAAAGGCCAUAGUAUAUGCUAUCAUGUCUGUGGGAUGGUGCAUAUAAAAGAUCUCUUGCUACUAAUGGAAA